GUACUACUAGGAUUUUUCUAGAACCUUUGUGAAAGCUCUAACGCCGCUUUGUUCAUCUCCUCCAAUUUCUCCAAAUCUCUCUCUUCAUUUUCAAUGGCGGCGAGGAUCGCAUUGCUGAAGUACCUGAGAGUGGAAGCUCGGCCGGUGCAGCUUCGAAACCCUAGGCUCAUCGGAAGCUCAUUCAGUCAGCUUUUCAAACGUCACUUCUCGGAGGAAGUAAGGGGAUCGUUUCUCGAUAAGGAUGAAGUUAGGGAUCGUGUAAUCAACGUCGUCAAAAACUUCCAGAAAGUUGAUCCUUCCAAGGUUGUCCCAAAUGCUCACUUCCAAAAUGAUCUGGGCUUAGAUAGUUUAGACACCGUCGAAAUUGUGAUGGCCUUUGAAGAAGAAUUUGGGUUUGAGAUUCCGGACAAUGAAGCCGACAAGAUCAACUCGAUAGAUUUAGCAGUUGAUUUCAUUGCAUCUCACCCUCAGGCAAAAUAAGCGAACAAAAUGUAGCUUCGAUGAGUACUGAUUUCCUUUUAUAACUUCUUUUUCCCAAUUCAAGUACUUCAUUUACUCACUUUCGGCGUGUGGUGUAUACUACAUAUGCUUUCUACUCAGCGCUGUCCUGAAGACGAGAGCUACCAUUAUCAGCUAGACAAAAAUUCAAUCUCAUUAGAUUUGAGCUAUAUGUUAUUAGAAUGUUUAGUGCCUAUGAAAAUAAAUCUAGCUCUAUGGUAGCAUGAGUCAAGAUGAAGUUUUAAUGGCUUUUAAUUUUCAUUGUUGGCCAAAAGCCAAAACACGUCUGAAGUUUAUAUGUUGCCCAGAACUUUGAUCAACUGGUUGCAUUAUGUUGUUUUUUAGUGAAUUAAUUGAUUAGAUAUUAAA